AUGAACAUAAUCAAAAAUCACAUACAUCAUUGCCUUGUAAAGAAUAAUCUAAACCGUAACCCAUCAAAGGAAUCAAUCAAAAUUGGAAGACAUCAAAGGAGACAAUAUUUUGGUGACUCGAAGCUAGCAGAUGAAGAUGAAAAGUUGAUUCAAGAUAAUAGAAAACACAAAGCAGCCCUAUUGCAAGUGACCAGACCGUGUAAUUUGUGGAAUUGAGCAUGGGACAUUGUACUGAAGUCGAUUCGGUUUCUUUCACAGUCACCGGAGCAGGUCCUCCGUCUCCCCCUGCAUCAGCCAUGUUGACCUAGCUUGUCAACAGGUUAGAA